UCAUGACCGGACGGACUAACAGCAGCAUGACGCGCCUGAUGUUUCUAGCAGCCGCGGUGUUUCUCUUGUCCGCUCCUGCGAGCGCCUCUCAGGGGGACAAAGAGCCCGUCUAUCGCGACUGCGUCAAACAAUGCGUCCGGACCAACUGCACGGGGGCCCGACUGCGCGGAUUCCAGUCCUCUCAACCUCCAUACAUGGCACUCACAGGCUGGACAUGUCGUGAUGACUGCAGGUAUCAGUGCAUGUGGACCACCGUGGGUCUGUACCAGGCAGAGGGCUACAGCGUACCACAGUUUCACGGGAAGUGGCCUUUUGCUCGUUUCCUGUGUUUUGAGGAGCCUGCAUCUGCGCUGGCAUCUCUGCUCAAUGGUCUGGCAUGUCUGCUGAUGCUGUUGAGAUACCGCAGCGCCGUCCCUCGACAAAGCCCCAUGUACCACACCAUCACCGCCUUCUCACUGGUUUCCCUGAAUGCAUGGUUCUGGUCUACAGUGUUCCACACGAGAGACACCUAUCUAACAGAGAAGAUGGACUACUUCUGUGCAUCAGCUGUCAUUCUUUACUCUAUCUACUUGUGCUGUGUAAGGACGUUGGGCUUGCGUAGGCCUGCAAUUUCCAGUAUGGUGGGAGUUCUGCUCAUUCUGGCCUUCACGUCUCAUGUGUCUUAUCUGACCUUUGUCAGUUUUGACUACGGGUACAACAUGGCUGCCAACGCCACCAUAGGCAUGAUAAACUUGUUAUGGUGGCUGUGCUGGUGUUGGCUGAACCGGAGGAUUUUGCCUUACUGGUGGAAGUGUGGGAUGGUGGUGCUCUUACUGCAUGGUCUUGCCCUGCUGGAGCUGCUGGAUUUCCCUCCACUCUUCUGGGUUCUAGACGCUCAUGCCGUCUGGCAUCUCAGCACCGUGCCCGUCCACUUCCUCUUCUACAGCUUUCUCAUAGAUGACAGCCUUCACCUCCUCAACACAGAGAAGCCUGGAGUGAAACUGGACUAGGCAGAAACCGUCUCAGAACACCAACUCCUCCUCUCAUAUCCUUCCCAUCAGGGCAAGUGCGAGCCGGACUGAGCCAGGCCUCAACCGCAGUGGCUUCCGGCACGUGUCCUGGGGCUGAAGUUUUGAAUAUUUAUCGUUUUCUUUGUGAUUCCAGAUUCUUUUUACCAUAACUUUUUAUUUUUGCUUUGUACAGAAAGGGUUGUUUGUUUGGUCCGGAUGUGCUACUAUACUGUAGUUGAAACCUGAUUGAUGUUUGCAUUCACUUGAGCUUUGCCUUCAGUUAAGAAGUAAAUCAGCCUUUAUCAACAAAGCACUCUUCUAAAAAGGUGCACUGAAUAAUAACCAUCUUUGCAGAUGAAUAUCUUCACAUAAGUUGUCCUUAUCUCCCAUUUCUAUCUAUCUAUAUUUAUGGUGCUUUAUUUAAUGGCCCUGAAGUGAAUAUAUUUCAGAGAUAGAAGUAGAUUGAGCUUUAGUUUUAAACAUCCAUUCACUAUAAGCGUGCUGAACAUCAAAGGAGGGGUUAUGAGUGAGCAGUGUGCUCUGUUUCUGAGACUGUGGCGGUUACCUCACCAUGGCAAUAGCAGUAGCUACCAGCAGAGAGUGCAGUGCUGAUUAGUUUUCACAUUGCGGGAAGUCACUGAUCACUCUUCUGUGAAUUCCCGGCAUAGACUUGUGAUGGAUUGGACGUUUUGUUGUUGUAGCAGUGCAUAUCAAGUUACCCAUUGUUUUCUGUAGUCAUCACUCACUUUAAUCACUGUAGAUUUAAAUGGAGUAGUCCACUCACAAAUGAGAAUUGUUAACGUUUGCUCAUGAUGAUUUUUAGUGAAACACAUAAGGAAAAGUUAUUAAAAGUUAUCAUAUAAUUAAAAAUAAAAGGUGACCAGGGACAGACAAGCUUCAAAAAUGACAAAAAGCACCAUUAAAGGUAUCAAAAAAAGACUAGUCUAUAUGACCUGUGCUCUAUAUAGGCCCUUUCACACCAAGAACAAUAUCUAUAGCGAUAUCUGUGAAGUUUUAAAAAUCAUUCUAUUUCUGUGAGAACAAGAAAGUCCACAUCACUAUAACAAUAACAACACAGAGGAAUGAUAUCAUUGGAAUCACUUUCAGAACAAUGUUUUCUAGCUCAUAAACACAUUGACAGACAAUCAGAAUCUCAAGCGUUUUAAGACCCCCUGUGAUGAAAAUCAAGUUUUUAAUGUUGUUUACAUGUCUAUCAAGUGUUUUUAAUAUGCUUAAAGACAAA